AUGCCUACCCUGGUGGUUCUCGAGGCCUCCCUUCAUCUAGAACCUUCCUGGAAAAAGCAUCACCAAUAUUCAAAUUCUUCGCAGCAUGGAUAUCGGGUUCGGUGCAAAGGAUACACAAACAUUGUGGACGGUCUAUUAUGUUUCUACCUCGGCAACCAUUCUUGCUUAUACAAUGUUACCACCCGCGAGAUGGUUCAACUUCCUGACUCGACCCGGCACCAUGAUAAUUGUAAACAAGAUACAUCCUUAAACCGAUACCAUUUUGGUUUCGAUCCGGUCAACAAACGCUACAAGUUGCUGAGAACGUUAUGCCCUAAUCAUGCGGAGAUUCUAACCAUCAGGGAAGAUUCUUCGUGGAGAAGUAUCGUUACUUCCCAUCCACUGAUUGACAAGAUAACUGCUAGAAGUGUUUGCUUAGGUGGAGAUCGUUGCUGGAUGGAUGGAUUUGGUCGUCGAAUUGAGGCUUUUCAUCUUGCUGAGGAGAAGUUUAUUCUCAUUCCGAUCCUUUGGAUCAUAACGACGGUAUAUUUACAAGGGGGUCAUUUUUCCCUAGAUGGAGGGAUUUGGAUUGAUGAUAUAGUGGAGGUUAGGAAAUAUCUUGGUAGCUUAUUUUAUGCUAGGGCUUUGGGUGCACUUCCAAAUGGGAAGAUGUUACUAUGUGAUUUUUGGAAGCUUUAUCCUCCUUCCCUUUAUUUUUUCGAUCUAUCCACGAGAAAGUUGGAACAGACGGAUCUCAAACAAACUUGGGAACUACUUGAGCGGUGUGGUUGCAGAGAUAAAAAGCUAAUGUUUGAUAACUGGUUUUAUUUCAAGGAGAAUAUCGUCUCGCUCGGCCGUUUGACAUCUAGCAAUGUCAUCAACAUGAUGACUGUUGAUGAAUGA